AUGGGAAUCGCCUCAGCCGUUCUCUUGGUGCUCAUCACCAUCCUCCUGCCUCCCCUCGGUGUCUACGCCGUCGCAGGUUGCGGGGCUGACCUCUUCAUCAACAUCUGCUUCACGAUUCUCGGAUACCUUCCCGGCCACUUGCAUGCCUUCUACAUCGAAUACGUAUACUACGAUCGCCGAGAGCAGGCCAGAGAGGGCCGCUUCACGGCGUCGCAUGCCCCUGGCAUCUACAGCGAGCGCGUGCAGACCGGCGGAGGUGGCUACGGCACGAUUGCCCAGCCCGUCCAGUAA